CAAGGACGGCGAGACGGCGUUGGCUUGCGCCGUUCUUGGCGGAGCCAGAUUCUGGGACCCUUGUGGGUCGCCCACGACAGCUCCCUGCAGUUACCCAAUGGCAUCCAUCCCAUUGACAGCCUUGCUUAUCGAUAACAAACCACAGAGCGCUGAUAGGGAAAGCCACCCGCCCAAUGACGAGCUGCACUUUGUUGAAGCUCUCACUUCUCCCGCGGAGUUCCCACCGCCAUGAAGCUGCUCUCCCGCCCAACACCACGGCCAGCGAGCCAUUCCAGCUUCCGCCCAGUUGGAAAAAGCAGGCAUGGCUGAGGCAUCAUCGAAGUUUCCCGAGGUCCAGGGCGGCGGGAGCCUGAUCAUUGCCUGGCAGAUCAAGGGCAAGCGGGUGCUGGUCGUCGGUGGCGGCGAGGUCGCCGCUGGCCGCAUCCUCCACUGCCUCAAUGCCGACGCCAACGUGACCGUGGUGGCGCCCGCCGCCCGCCUCAACCCGGAGGUGGCCUAUCGCGUGGCCCGGCAGCAGGUCACGCACGUGGACCGCAACUUCGAGCCGGCCGACCUCGACGGCGCCGACAUGGUGCUGGUGGCCAUCGACGACCCGGCCGCGUCGACCGCCAUCUGGACGCUGUGCAAGCAGCGCCGCAUCCCCGCCAACAUCGCCGACGUGCCGCCCGAGUGCGACUUCUACUUCGGCAGCGUGCACCGCGACGGCCCGCUGCAGAUCAUGGUCAGCACCAACGGCAAGGGCCCGCGCCUGGCCAGCCUGAUCCGCCGCUUCAUCGCCGACAAGCUGCCGCCCGACACCGGCCGCGCCAUCGAGCGGGUCGGCCAGCUGCGCGCCGAGCUGCGCCGGGUCGCCCCGCUGCCCGCCGACGGCCCCCGGCGCAUGGCCUGGAUGACCAAGGUCAGCGACGCGUACCCCUGGGACGAGAUGUGCGGCCUGACCGACGAGGACAUCGCCAACCUGCUCACCUUCUUCCCCUCCGGCACCGUGCCGUCGCUAGACGUGCUCAAGGGCAUGCGCGCCAAUCCCGACGCCGACGUCACGGACGUGUUUGACGGCUCCUUUGGCUUCAGCGUCGGUGCGUGAUGUGAUUUUGCUGUUGGGCACGAAGAUAGAAUGAUACCACAGGUUAGAGAUUGUAUCUAAAAGGUUAGAUCUGGGCUGUAUCCAAAGUUGGUGGGCAAGAUGGCGAGGUGGUAGUCUGCCGGGCGGUGUGACCAGCGCCGCCCGGAUAUCAUGAUCUUGAUGAACCAUGCUCUCUUGUUUCAGGAGGGCC